GCCGACCCCCCCCCCCCACACCCCCUCAGAGCGGGCCAAGGCUUUGGACGCAACGGAACCGGGUCACCGAAGAAGUUCGCCAGGGAUAUCGGCCAGGCUUUAGAACUAUAUUGGUAAUGCAGUGGUUGUGACGAGCAUAAUAUGGCAGAUGAUAUACGAGAAAUGGUAUGGGAAAGUGAACAAAAUUCCACAUUUAAAGCACCUUGUAAAGAUCCUGCACAAGAUUCUUCCUGCACCUAUGCUAUCCAGUUCACUACAUUUCUACAUAAACCCUUGGAGAGACCGGUAAUGACUUCCCUUCCAAAAUCAAAUUUCUAUAAAGAAAUGUCAAAAACUGGGAAGCCGAUGACUGUGGACACAACAAUGUUCACACCGUCAUUUGACAUUGUUAAAGCAAAGCAAAAUGGCAAUGGUCGCUCUUCGAUAUUUCCAGCACAAAUCUCUGUCAAUCAGAAACCAAGAGCAGUUCGAUGUAUCCAUCCAGAUGCCAAAACUAUGAGUGGGCCUUCAAACUCGGUUUUUCCAAAAACAAAUUCUGGUCUCUCCUCUGCUUUUGAAAAAUCGUUUCCUAUUAAGAGCGCUGCAGGUUCAUCCUCAAGAAGUGGCACAUGUCGACGUAGUCCAAAGAAAGUUCAAAGACGGUAUCUCAGUACCGUAGAAGAGACUGUACGUGAGGAAGAAAAAGAGAUUUAUAGGCAACUACUACAGGUAGUGACUGGGAAAACGUAUCUGUCCACAACCUCUAUCUUUCCUCCUGAAACAUCUCGGUGUUUGAGUUCAAGCAACAGUAUUUCAGAACAACCUGGUGCUUCAAGCCUCAGUUCCCUGGAACCUUAUAGCCUUGAUUUAGAAACGUCAUACAAGCCCUCUCUAAGUUUUAUACAGCCAUCGACUCAUGUUCUUGAACCAUUGUUUAAUAACACAUCUGAAAUUAAACUUAACAGUGAGGCUAGAAUCCCUAUUAAUAAACAGCUCUGCAAGGAACAAAAUCACACAAGUCCGUCACAAUCUGAAGGUUCAAGUUCAGAUUUAGUCCUUGAAGAUGCUGUACCCAAAGAACAAAAAUCUACUAGUCAAUCAAUUUUCCAGGCAUUACUCUGGAUAAAAGAAAUCUCUAGCACCUAUGAUUCAAGAGCAAGAGAAAGAAGCAGACAAAUAGAAAAAGAAAAAGCACGUGCUUUACAGUUACAGAAAGAGCGAUUGCGGGACCAUUCGGUUCAAGAAUCUGUAGACUUGCACCUAAGGGUGCCUCUUGAAAAGGAAAUACCUGUGACUUUGCUUCCAAAAAAAGAAAUACAGGAAGAGGAGAAUGAAUUUCCUGAAUUAACAGAGGAAAUGGAUCGAGAAAUAAAACGUGCAUUUUUUGGUGGCAGCCAAGAUCAAACUUUAAGUGAAGCCUUUCGUUUAGCAAUUACCCGUAAGGACAUUAUGACACUGAAUAAUCUGAACUGGCUAAAUGAUGAGAUUAUAAAUUUUUAUAUGAAUCUUUUGGUUGAAAGAAGCAAGAAAAAGUGUUUUCCCACGGUCCAUGCAUUCAACACAUUCUUUUAUCCCAAGUUGAAAAAUGGCUAUCAAGCUGUUAAAAGAUGGACAAAAAAGGUGGACAUAUUCUCAAUGAACAUUAUAUUGGUUCCAGUUCACCUUGGAGUUCAUUGGUGUUUAGCAGUGAUAGAUUUUAGGAAAAAGUCCAUCACAUAUUAUGACUCCAUGGGUGGUUUAAAUAAUGAAGCUUGCAGAAUAUUAUUACAUUACCUAAAACAAGAGAGCCUAGAUAAAAAGGGAGUAUGUUUUGACACAAAUGAUUGGACUCUGUCCUGCAAGAACAAUCAGGAAAUCCCACAACAAAUGAAUGGGAGUGACUGUGGAAUGUUUGCCUGCAAGUAUGCAGACUACAUUACCAAAGAUAAGCCAAUCACCUUUACCCAGCGUCACAUGCCAUACUUCAGAAAGAAAAUGGUUUGGGAAAUUCUUCAUCAGAAAUUGCUUUGAAAUUUCUCUGGAAUUAAGAGAAUUCAAAAAGUAACCGGUGACAAAUGUAUCACCGUUCACUGAGCAGAACAUGGACCAAGGAACAUCAGCUUUUUUUUUUUUAUAACACAACACGUUUACUAAUGUAAAUGGUAAAAACUGUUAUGGCUUCCUGCCAUAUUUGUUAAUUAUAUUGCCAAACCUUUGACUUUUUUUUUAUUUUUUUUUGUAAUUUCCUACAUUAAAUUCUGUCUAAAAAUAGACCUAUUUAACAUAAAUGCCUACUUAUGUAAUUUUUCAGAUGGGAUUUUCAUUGAGUAAAAUAUAUUUGCAUUUUGAGCUGUGAUUCUAACCGUAAAUUCUCUUCAGACACGCCUAUAAAGUUCAGUCACAUUAACUGCAAAGGUGUAUGUUAAUAAGUUCCAGCACUAUUUGCUCUGAUAAUGAGCAUUCACUGUUUGUACUUGUAUAAUAGAAUAUAUAUAUUUCCAGCUACUGUUUUAUAAAGUGUGUACUUAAGUGUGAUAUAACAAACCACUUUCUGAUUUCUGUCUUUUCUAUAGUGGAAUU